GAGUCCACGUCUCUUCCUUUGGACAGGCGUGUUUCUUCAGGUCGGGACCAGUCGACGUGACAGCCACACAGCUUUCAGAAGGGAGCUUCGGCCUCGCCGCGAGGAUCUCCCCGGGCCGGGGCAGUCCGGCCCAGCUCGGAGAAGCCCCUCGCGGGCGGAAGCGCGCGGCUCCUCGGCGCCGAGGCCCCCGAACGCCUCGCUUCUGGGCGCCCACCGCGCGGCGCCGAGCGCAGCAUCCCCGACAUGGAGACCGGCUCGGACUCAGAUCAGCUUGAACGGGUCUUUUUGCGACUUGGCCAUGCUGAAACAGAUGAACAAUUACAGAAUAUUAUAUCUAAAUUUCUUCCUCCUGUUUUGCUCAAGCUGUCUAGCACUCAAGAAGGAGUACGCAAGAAGGUAAUGGAACUGUUGGUCCAUUUGAAUAAGCGUAUAAAAAGCCGCCCCAAAAUACAACUCCCAAUAGAGACACUGUUGGUUCAAUACCAGGACCCUGCUGCAGUUUCCUUUGUCACAAAUUUCACUAUAAUUUAUGUUAAGAUGGGCUAUCCUCGCCUACCAGUGGAAAAACAGUGCGAACUGGCCCCUACUCUUCUUACCGCCAUGGAAGGGAAGCCUCAGCCACAGCAGGACAGCUUAAUGCAUCUUUUAAUACCAACCCUUUUUCACAUGAAAUACCCUGUUGAAUCAUCAAAAUCAGCUUCUCCGUUUAAUCUUGCUGAGAAACCAAAGACUGUGCAGCUGCUUUUGGACUUCAUGCUAGAUGUCCUUCUGAUGCCUUAUGGAUAUGUGUUAAAUGAAUCCCAGAGUCGCCAAAAUUCAUCUUCAGCACAGGGUUCUUCUUCAAAUAGUGGGGGAAGUUCUGGAAUACCACAGCCUCCCCCAGGAAUGAGUUUUUAUGCAGCUAAACGAGUUAUUGGUGAUAACCCGUGGACACCCGAACAGUUGGAACAGUGCAAAUUGGGUAUAGUGAAAUUCAUAGAAGCUGAACAGGUGCCUGAACUCGAAGCUGUUCUCCACCUGGUGAUUGCUUCUAGUGACACACGCCACAGUGUGGCAACAGCAGCAGACCUAGAAUUGAAAAGCAAGCAAAGCUUGAUUGACUGGAAUAAUCCUGCCAUCAUUAAUAAGAUGUACAAGGUAUACCUUGGAGAUAUACCACUAAAGACAAAAGAGGGAGCAGUUCUGAAGCCAGAGCUGAAAAGGGACCCUGUCAGUACAAGAGUCAAGUUAAAGAUUGUCCCCCAUCUUCUUCGUUCCAGACAAGCUGCGGAAACGUUCCCAGCUAACAUUCAGGUGGUGUAUGAUGGACUUUUUGGUACAAAUACAAAUUCAAAAUUAAGAACAUUAUCCCUGCAGUUUGUGCAUCACAUCUGUAUAACUUGUCCAGAAAUCAAGAUUAAGCCAUUAGGUCCAAUGCUUUUGAAUGGCCUCACCAAGCUAAUCAAUGAAUAUAAAGAAGACCCUAAGCUACUGUCAAUGGCAUAUUCAGCUGUUGGAAAACUCUCCAGCCGAAUGCCCCAUUUAUUCACGAAGGACAUAGCUCUCGUGCAGCAGCUCUUCGAAGCCCUGUGUAAGGAAGAGCCCGAGACUCGACUUGCUAUUCAAGAAGCAUUAUCUAUGAUGGUUGGAGCUUAUAGCACUUUGGAAGGAGCACAGCGAACUCUCAUGGAGGCACUUGUGGCUUCGUACUUGAUAAAGCCUGAAGUUCAAGUUCGACAAGUGGCUGUGAAAUUUGCUAGUACGGUGUUUCCCUCAGAUCAUAUACCUUCCAGAUAUUUGCUGUUACUAGCUGCAGGAGACCCACGCGAAGAAGUUCAUGGAGAAGCACAACGAGUAUUAAGGUGUCUUCCUGGUAAAAACAGAAAAGACAGUGCUUCUAAGCAGAUGCCUUCUUUCCCAGAAAUGGUAUAUUAUAUCCAAGAAAAGGCUUCCCAUCGAAUGAAAACUCCAGCCAAGUACAUGACCGGGACCACUGUCCUUCCAUUUAACCCAGCAGCCUUUGGAGAGAUAGUUCUUUACUUACGAAUGUGCCUAGCUCACAGUGCAGGAGUGGUGCCUACCUCCCAGAGUUUGGCGGAUAUGCAAGAUCAUGCCCCGGCCAUUGGACGCUAUAUACGGACUUUAAUGUCAGGCAACCAGGUGACAUCCUCCUCGUCUUCUUCCAAGAGUGGAGAAACUAACCCUGUUCAGAUCUACAUCGGCCUGCUUCAGCAGCUGUUAGCAGGUGUUGGAGGUUUGCCAGUCAUGUAUUGUCUCUUGGAAGCUGUCUCAGUGUAUCCGGAGAAGCUGGCUACCAAAUUUGUAGACAAAACAGAAUGGAUAAAGAGUCUGAUGAAUAGCAGUAAAGAAGAGAUGCGUGAACUGGCAGCGUUGUUUUAUUCUGUGGUGGUAUCCACAGUGUCGGGAAAUGAAUUGAAGUUGAUGAUAGAACAGCUUAUAAAGACUACAAAAGAUAAUCAUAGCCCAGAGAUACAGCAUGGAUCCGUGCUUGCACUGGGAUUCACAGUAGGAAGAUACUUGGCUAAAAAGAAAAUGAGAAUGGCAGAGCAGCAGGACCUGGACACAAACGCUGGUUUCCUACCUGAACAAGAGGAACUUAUUCAGAGUGCCACAGAAACAAUAGGAUCAUUUUUGGACAGUACAUCGCCCCUCCUGGCAAUUGCUGCUUGUACAGCCCUGGGUGAAAUUGGCAGAAAUGGUCCUCUCCCCAUCCCCAGUGAGGGAUCCGGAUUUACCAAGUUACAUCUUGUAGAAAGCUUACUAAACAGAAUACCCUCCAGUAAAGAAACAAAUAAGAUGAAAGAACGAGCAAUCCAAACACUGGGAUAUUUUCCAGUUGGGGAUGGAGAUUUUCCUCACCAGAAACUCCUCUUGCAAGGUCUGAUGGAUUCUGUGGAGGCCAAGCAGAUAGAACUUCAGUUCACCAUUGGCGAGGCCAUUACCAGUGCUGCAAUAGGAACUAGGUCCGUGGCUGCCCGCGAUGCCUGGCUGGUGACUGAGGAAGAAUACACUCCUCCUGCUGGAGCCAAAAUGAACGAUGUGGUCCCUUGGGUGUUGGAUGUGAUUUUAAAUAAACAAAUCAUCAGUCCCAAUCCACAUGUGCGACAGGCAGCUUGCAUCUGGCUCCUUUCCCUUGUGAGGAAGCUGAGUACCCAUAAAGAAGUGAAGUCUCAUCUUAAAGAAAUUCAGAGCGCAUUUGUGUCCGUUUUGUCAGAAAACGAUGAACUUAGCCAAGAUGUUGCUUCUAAAGGCCUUGGGUUGGUGUAUGAACUGGGCAACGAACAAGAUCAACAGGAGUUGGUUUCUACGCUUGUAGAAACACUUAUGACUGGCAAAAGAAUUAAACAUGAAGUUUCUGGAGAGACAGUGGUAUUUCAAGGGGGAGGUCUUGGCAAAACACCCGAUGGCCAGGGCCUCUCUACUUACAAGGAGCUUUGUUCUUUGGCCAGUGAUCUUAGUCAGCCAGAUCUGGUAUAUAAAUUUAUGAAUUUAGCCAACCAUCAUGCAAUGUGGAACUCUAGGAAGGGUGCUGCUUUUGGUUUUAAUGUAAUUGCCACCAGAGCUGGAGAACAGCUGGCUCCUUUUCUGCCUCAGCUAGUUCCUCGUCUCUAUCGUUACCAAUUUGAUCCCAACCUUGGCAUCAGACAGGCCAUGACAAGUAUUUGGAAUGCAUUGGUCACUGACAAAUCAACGGUGGAUAAGUAUUUGAAGGAAAUUCUUCAAGAUUUGGUAAAGAACCUUACCAGCAGUAUGUGGCGAGUUCGAGAAUCCAGCUGUUUAGCUCUGAAUGAUUUAUUGAGAGGAAGACCCCUAGAUGACAUCAUUGAUAAACUUCCAGAGAUUUGGGAAACUCUUUUUAGAGUACAAGAUGAUAUAAAGGAAUCUGUUCGAAAAGCAGCAGAACUAUCUCUGAAAACUCUGAGCAAGGUUUGUGUGAAAAUGUGUGACCCUGCCAAAGGAGCAGCUGGCCAGAGAACCAUCGCUGCCCUUCUGCCUUGCCUUCUGGACAAAGGAAUGAUGAGUCCUGUGACAGAAGUUCGAGCCCUCAGCAUUAAUACCCUUGUGAAGAUCAGCAAAAGUGCAGGAGCCAUGUUGAAACCACAUGCACCAAAACUCAUCCCGGCCCUGCUCGAGUCCUUAAGCGUAUUGGAACCCCAGGUUCUCAAUUAUUUGAGUCUCCGGGCUACAGACCAAGAAAAGGCUGCGAUGGACAGUGCUCGACUCAGUGCUGCCAAAUCCUCUCCCAUGAUGGAAACAAUCAACAUGUGCCUGCAAUAUCUUGAUGUGUCGGUGCUGGGUGAGCUAGUUCCUAGAUUAUGUGAGCUGAUCAGAAGUGGUGUAGGUCUUGGAACUAAGGGAGGCUGUGCCAGCGUCAUUGUGUCAUUAACUACUCAGUGUCCCCAGGACCUCACACCUUACUCAGGUAAACUUAUGAGUGCUUUGCUUAGUGGCCUGACAGAUCGGAACAGUGUAAUUCAGAAGUCCUGUGCGUUUGCCAUGGGCCAUUUAGUUCGGACCUCACGGGAUAGCAGCACUGAGAAACUCUUACAGAAGCUCAAUAGCUGGUAUAUGGAGAAAGACGAGCCCAUCUACAAGACCUCUUGUGCUUUGACUAUUCAUGCUAUUGGACGCUACAGCCCUGACGUAUUGAAGAACCAUGCCAAAGAGGUUCUGCCUUUGGCAUUUCUAGGCAUGCAUGAGAUUGCCGAUGAGGAGAAAUCAGAAAAAGAAGAAUGUAACUUAUGGACUGAAGUGUGGCAGGAGAAUGUACCUGGUUCCUUUGGUGGCAUUCGGUUAUACCUGCAGGAGUUGAUUGCUAUUACCCAGAAGGCUUUACAGUCUCAGUCCUGGAAAAUGAAAGCCCAGGGUGCGGUUGCCAUGGCAUCGAUUGCUAAACAAACCAGCUCCCUGGUACCUCCGUAUCUGGGAAUGAUACUGAGUGCGUUACUGCAAGGCCUCGCUGGAAGAACAUGGGCAGGAAAGGAAGAACUAUUGAAAGCCAUUGCCUGUGUGGUGACAGCUUGCAGUGCAGAGCUGGAAAAGCCUGUGCCCAAUCAACCCAGCACAAAUGAAAUUCUCCAAGCUGUUCUGAAGGAGUGUUGCAAAGAGAAUCCCAAAUACAAGAUUGUAGCAAUCAGCUGUGCAGGGGAUGUCUUGAAGGCCACCAAAGAAGAUAGAUUCCAGGAGUUUUCUGACAUUGUCAUACCUCUCAUCAAGAAGAACUCACCUGAAAUCACUGGAAUCCGAACCACCAAAAAUGAAGAUGAGAAUGAGAAGGAAAAGGAGCUCCAGCUGGAGUCCCUGCUGGGCGCCUUCCAGAGCCUGGGCAAAGCCUGGCCCCGAAACGCAGAGACUCAGCGUUGCUAUCGGCAGGAGCUAUGCCAGCUGAUGUGUGAGCGGCUGAAACUCAGCACCUGGAAAGUGCAGCUCGGAGUCCUGCAGUCAAUGAAUGCCUUUUUUCAGGGAUUAAUGCUUUUGGAAGAAGAACAUGCGGAUCCAGAGGCUUUGGCUGAAAUUCUCCUUGAAACUUGUAAAUCAAUCACAUAUUCUUUAGAAAAUAAGACCUACUCGUCUGUGAGAACAGAAGCUUUAUCUGUGGUAGAAUUACUGCUUAAAAAGCUUGAAGAAUCUAAACAGUGGGAAAGUUUGACAUCUGAAUGCAGAGCACUCCUGAUUGAGUCCUUGGCAACUAUGGAGACAGACAACAGACCUGAGCUGCAGGAGAAAGCAUCGUUACUGAAGAAAACACUUGAAAAUCUGGAAUAAUUUAGAAGGGAAAGAAACAAACAAGUGCCAUGUUCAUUGGGGAUGAAACGGUGGUAUUCUUUGAAAAACCAAGUGGGAAAAGUAAAGAUUAAUCUGUAGCAUGCAUCAUUCCUUGGCUGAAAUAAAAAAAAAAAAAAUGCCUUAAA